GUACCACCUAGUUAAAAACAAAUUGAUUCUAAAGUAAACAGAAACCAUAUUAGUCGUUUGUGCGAUAAGCACUACACCGAAGUUCAUAUGUCAAGUUAACCAGAUUUCAAUAUCUUAAUGAUAACCGGUUGUACAGUAUAGCCCAGCACUUUGAACUCUGUAGACGUGCUCUGUAAAUUCUCUAAACGUGUGUCCUCUGAAAUACAGUGUUAUUAAAUAUUGUCAGUAAAUUCUACACGAUGUUGCUGCGUACGAUUUGUAAGAACAAGUGGUCCGUCAAAUCGAUUUCGACAAAAAAAUCAUCAUUUAAUGAAGUUUUGACGGACACAUUUGGUAGGAAACAUAAUUAUCUUCGAGUGUCGCUGACUGAACGUUGUAAUCUUAGAUGUGAAUAUUGUAUGCCACUUAAAGGUGCAAAGCUGUCAGAACAGUCAAAGUUACUUUCGAAUAACGAAAUAGUUCGUUUAGUAUCAUUAUUUGCCAAACAAGGGGUCGAUAAAAUUCGAAUUACAGGUGGAGAACCUACAGUAAAAAAAGAUAUUAUUCAAAUAGUUGAAUCACUCAGAGAUAUCAGAAAACUCAAAACGAUUGCGAUGACCACGAAUGGAUUGACUCUAACGAAACAUUUGGUGGACCUCCAACGAGCUGGGUUGAACGCACUAAACGUUAGUUUAGACACGUUGCAAGAAAAUACGUAUGGAAAAAUCACUAGAAGAGACGGUCGGUUGUUGAAAAGAGUAUUGGCAGGCAUCGAUCUGGCAUUACAGUUGGGAUUCAGUCCAGUUAAGGUUAACUGCGUGUUGAUGAGAGGAAUAAAUUUCGAUGAAUUAGGUGAUUUUGUAGAAAUGACCAGAGACAGGAAAAUAAAUUAUCGGUUUAUCGAGUUUAUGCCGUUUUCGAUGAACGAUUGGGAAGAAAAACGAAUGGUACCUUAUAAAGAAGCAAUCCGAGAGAUCAUGAAGUCAUAUCCUAAUUUUGAACCAUGUGAUAACGAGCCGAAUUCAACUUCAAAAAUGUAUCGGGUGCCAGGAUUUGCAGGCAGUAUUGGCUUUAUAUCGUCAAUGACCGAUGAUUACUGUGAUAGUUGUAACCGACUCAGAUUAAUGGCCGACGGAAACCUAAAGGCGUGCUUGUUUCAAAACAACGAAAUCAGUUUGAGGGAUCCACUUCGGGAAGGAGCUUCAGAUGAAGAAUUAUUGGACAUCAUAUCGAAUGCAGUGAAAGAUAAAAAGCGGAAACAUGCCGUCGCUGACCGAACAAAAUCGGUGGUCACCGUGAUCCGUGGUGGACGUCUCACCAGAAACGUUUGUAAGGCGUCUAUCAGCGGCCAUCACGCUAGAAACAUUUGUACGGGUAGCGGCAGUGGUGACGACCAGCCACGCCUGACGCACGUGGACGGGCGGUCGGGAGACGCACGCAUGGUGGACGUUUCGGGAAAACGUGAAACUCGGAGGACGGCCACAGCGGUGGCUCAGGUCCGGUUGGACGCGACGGCCACCCGGCUAAUUGCCGAGGACGCGUGCAAAAAAGGUGACGUGCUGUCCGUGGCCAGGCUGGCGGGCAUAUGCGCAGCUAAGGCCACGUGGCAACUGAUACCGCUGUGCCACCAGAUCCGGCUGGACUCGGUGACGGUGGACGCCCGGCUGGACGAGCGCCGCUGCCGCGUCCACAUAACGGCCACGGCCGUUAGCACCGACCGGACGGGUGUCGAGAUGGAGUGCCUGACGGCGUGCUCAGUAGCAGCACUCACGGUUUACGAUAUGUGCAAAGCUGUCACCCGGGACAUGGUCAUCGAGCACGUCAAGCUCUUGUCUAAGACGGGUGGUAAAACCGAUUAUCGAGCAAAGGGCAAUGACGACGAUUAUAGCGCUGACGAUUGAAUCGGGGUAAAAGACGCGUUUAUAUGUCAUUACGUUUAUUUUAGGGAAUAGGGAGGUUAUCAAAUCGUUUUUAGAAUUUUUCGGCAAGUAAAAUUACUUCAAGACUUGUUUGUUCUUCAAUGUACAUAUUCUAUAUUAUAUUACAGUAAUCAGAAGUUGAUUGAUGCUGGCCGAUUUGUUUUAUACGAGGCGUGUAUUAAAAGUAAGGUCUCCAUUUAUUUUUUUCACGUUAAAGAACAUUUAUUUACAAAGUUACGUAACGUGUAAUAUUUUGUAACAAUACCUAAAUAUUUCAUAAUUUUGUAGGUAAGAAUCUAUUAUAGCUCAUAGUAUAUCAUUCACACAUUUUUUUAUUAGAAAAUUAAAAAAAAUAUUAACAGAUUUUAAAAAUCCAAACAUUGUACAUCGACGUAUGGCCGAUAAAGUAUAGGUACCUAUGUUCUAAGUACACUAAGUGAAACAUACCUAACAAAAACAUAAUUCAAUCAUUUUGACAAGUAUCUAUUAAAGUAAUUUUACUCACUGAAAAAUCAAAUGUUUGUAUUUUAUUUAAGCUAGAACCUACCUAUUUGUACAAU